AUGUCUUUAGGAGUACCACUCAAAAUUAUGCAUGAAGCAGUCCAUCAUAUCGUCACAGUCGAGUUAAAAACUGGUGAAAUGUUUACAGGAUACAUGGCAGAAGCAGAAGACACAAUGAAUGUAAGAUUGGAUGAAGUCUAAAUGGUGACAAGAGAUGGUAGACCCAUGUCCCUUGAAUAAGUAUAUUUGAGAGGAAGUCAAAUCAGAUUUGUUGUCAUCCCAGAUGUAUUUAAAUACGCUCCCAUGUUCAAAAAAAUUAGAGCAAAUGCCAAAAGCAAAAAUAUGCAAUAAAUCAGAGAAAAGGCUAGAUAAGUUAGAGAGGAAUUAGUACCACGCAUCAAACAGGGUUUAGAACAAUAAAAAAAGUGA